GGGGUCUGGUGGCCGGUGGCCGAUGGCAGGGAGCUGAUGGCUAGUGGCCGUGGCAGGGAGCUGGUGGCCGGUGGCUGAUGGCAGGGUGUCGUGGCCGGGCUGACGCGCGCCAUGGGCGGGAUCAGCUGCCACCACUAUAAAUAAGGGCUGGCGGCCGCCUGGCAAACUGAAAGCUGAGCCACGAGGGAGGCGGCGUGGGCUGGCGGGGGGCGAGCGGCGUGAGGAGGGCACGUGGUGCGGGUGUCCUGUGCCUGGGGAACCCAACGGCAUGUGCUCGAUGCCCAAGUGCUGCCUGUAGGGCUCCAGCACAACCGGGACGUGGACCCCAGCACUGGGGCAGGCUGACAAGGGCUGCCAACCCAGCACCAGGCAAUGGCAGGAGCUCAGGUGGGGUUCCCGGGACCCUUCCCGGAGCCCUCAGUUGGGCCAUGCCCCAUCUCUGACUCCGACUCGGACUCUGAGGAUGCAGCUGCGGGCGGCGCAGGACCCGGCACCGGGGCACAGAACCCACCCCAGGUCAUCCACAGCGGCCACUUCAUGGUGUCAUCCCCGCACAGUGACUCGCUGCCCCGGCGGCGCCACCACCGUGCCGAGCCCGAACCGGCUGAUCCCCGGAGCAUUGACCCAACCCUCACCCGGCUGUUCGAGUGCAUGAGCCUGGAGUACAGUGGGAAGCUAGUGUCCCCGAAGUGGAAGAAUUUCAAGGGGCUGCGGUUGCUUUGCUGGGAUAAAAUUCGUCUAAACAACGCUAUCUGGAGAGCGUGGUACAUCCAAUAUGUGGAGCGGAGGAAGAGCCCCGUGUGUGGCUUCAUCACCCCGCUGGAGGGGUCAGAGGCUGAUGAGCACCGAAAACCAGAGGCUGUCGUGCUGGAGGGCAACUACUGGAAACGCCGCAUCGAGGUGGUGAUGAGGGAGUACCACAAGUGGAGGAUCUACUACAAGAAGCGGCUCCGAAAGUCCACCCGGGAGGGAGAGCUCUCCAGUCCAAAACAGGAUGAGGAUGUCUGGAGGCCAACAGAGAAAUGGUGCAACCAGCUCUUCUGCAACGUGGUACCCAUGCUACUUGGGGAUGAGGAAGAGGAGCCUGGGAGUAGGCAGCACUUCGACUUGGACACCUUCCUCUCAGACAUCUCUGACACCCUCUUCACCAUGACACAGAUGCCCAGUGCCCACCAGGCACCCCCUGAGGAUGCAUAUGUUGGGAAUGCUGACAUGAUACAGCCAGACCUGGCACCCCUGCAGCCCAGCCUGGAUGACAUGGAGAUCUCAGAUAUCUUCACCAGCCAUCGGCCACCACCAUCUCAGACACAACCAGGCUACCAGGAGCCACCCUGCUUCGUGCCUAUGGCUGAGCCCCUGUUCAGCAGUGGGGGGUCUCUGAUGGGUGCUCGGGCACUGCCUGCAAGCCCUGAGGCCCCACUCCCACCCAGCACCCUCCUCCAGGUGAGCAGGAUCCUGGCACGCAGCCCACGGCUGCCAGUGCCCCAGCCACCCUGCUUGACUCCCUUGUGUCUUCUGCAGCCCAGCGGUGCCUCCCAGCUCAGCCUCCACAGUGCCUUCCUGGGCCCUGAGCUCCCCCCAGCCCCCCUGCCCCCCGAGCCCCCCACCGCAGUGCCUGGCAGCCUCAGCCCCCAGCUGCAACACAAGCCCCUGCUGCAGUAUGGCCUCCCCGGCAAGUACCUCAGCCUGGAGCUGCCAGGACCCCAUUACACCCCUGACAGCUCAUCCCCUGGCACGCCGCUGCUGAGUCCGGACCCUCUGUUCUCCCCUGCCUCAGCCCCCCGCUCCAAGUUCCCCUGUGCCAGCUCUCCCAGCCAGUCACUCCUUGCCCACCCCGCCUCCCCCCUCUCAGCACCCUGCUUCGCCUCCCACCCCCCAGGGCUGGGCUACACCACAGGCAUGGUACCCUCGGGGUACCCCAGCCCAUCUGCACCCCAUCUCCUGCCCCCCACCCUGCUGGGCGACCCCAGGUUUGCCCCCCCCAAGGGGCUGCCCCAGGGUGGGGGCGGGCGGCUGAAAGCGAAGCCUGGUGGCACCAAGGCAAAGAGGCUGCCAGGACCCCCUGCACAGCCCCAUCUGGCCGUGCCCUGCCUGAGCCAGCUGCUGACCACAGCCAAGCAGGAGCCAGCUCUGGAUGCCCCACACCUGAUGGGUACAGGACUCAUGCCUGCAUCCCCUGUCUCCCCGCAGAGCACUGUCCCUGAUGUCUCUGCCACCUUCCUCUCAAGAAUGGCCCAGCUGAGCCCAGGACUGGGUCCCGACUCCAGCCAUUCCCAAGUGGUACCAGCGCCGGUGCCGCUGGUGGGGACCCAGCCGGGCCCACCGGUAGUCCCCAAGGCGGAGCGGCUGUCCCCCACGUCGGCUUGCGGCAGCGACCGGCCCAAGCCCAGCCAGGCCUCCCCAGCACCUGCUGUACGGCUGGGCGCUGGCAUCUCCCUGCACCACCCCGUGUCCCGUCGGAGCAGACCUGAGUCCAGCAAGAUGGAGAGCCGCCGCAUCACACACAUCUCUGCCGAGCAGAAGAGGCGCUUCAACAUCAAGCUGGGCUUCAACACUCUGCACAGCCUGGUGAGCACGCUGAGUGCUCAGCCCAGCAUCAAGGUCAGCAAGGCCACCACCUUGCAGAAGACAGCCGAGUACAUCUGCAAGCUGCAGCAGGAGCGGGCAGCCCUGCAGGAUGAGGCGCAGCGGCUGCGGGAGCAGAUUGAGGAGCUCAAUGGCUCCAUCAACCUGUGCCAGGAGCAGCUGCCAGCCACAGGGGUGCCCAUCACGCGCCAGCGCUUUGACCAGAUGCGCAGCAUGUUCGACGAGUACGUCCGCUCCUCCACGCUGCAGAACUGGAAGUUCUGGAUCUUCAGUAUCAUCAUCCGGCCGCUCUUCGAGUCCUUCAAUGGCAUGGUGUCCACAGCCAGCAUGGAGAGCCUCACCCAGACAUCUCUCGCCUGGCUGGACCAGCACUGCUCCCUCCCAGCGCUUCGGCCGACCGUCCUGAGCUCCCUCCGGCAGCUGAGCGUUUCCACCUCCAUCCUGACCGAUCCGAGCCGCAUCCCGGAGCAGGCGACGCAGGCGGUGGCGGGGCUGGGCCGCGGCGGCUCCAGCUAGCGGCCCGCGGACGGGCCUUCCCCGCUCGGCCAGGGCCCUCCCGCGGCCGGCGAGGAGCCCAGGGGCCGCCGCAGCCAGGCGGCUCAGGCCAGGGCCCCCGGGGGUCCCUCUCCCAUCCCGCAGGCGGGGGGCGGGGGCCGCUGCCCACCUGCUGGCCCGGCCCCCGGGGCGGCGUGCGGCCCGCCCGCCCUCGGCCCGGCACAGGGCUGCGGGGGAGGGCCGGGCCCUGCUGCCCCAUAAACGCUGUGCGCGCAGCCCGGCCUGCUUCUUGCUGCGGGCC